UGGAAAAAAAUAAAACAAUUAUGGUGGAACUCAACGGGGAUGGACAAGGAAGUGAUAAUGGUUCAAACUUGCUUGUUAGAUUUCUUGGCAAACUUUCUCAAAAGUCAAUAAUUUGUCCAAUAUCAGUUGAGAGAUGGGAUAGAAUGCCAGACGCGAAAAAUCGCCUACAGUGGCAGCUUAUUGAGGAGAAUUUUGAGUUUGAUUAUGCUGUUGGAAUUAAAUGGGUGAUGCAUACUUUACGCGAUAGAUGGAGGGCCUAUAAAUAUACAUUAAGAAAUAAAACCUUCUACCCUAACAAAAGUAAGGAAGAGAUACUUGCUAAUCCUCCGGAAUACGUGGAUUCUAUUGAGUGGGCUGCUUUUGUGCAUCACUAUCAAGAAGAGAAGAUGAAGAAACAAAGUGAACAAAAUACAAGAAAUCGAAGUAAACUUAAAGUCCCGCAUGCCGGUGGUAGCAAAAGCAAUGCAAGGAGAGGUCGUCAAAUGGAGAAAAAACAUGGAAGGCCUGUGUGCCGAAGUGAGGUUAUUUUGUCAACUUUACUGAAAAAGAAUGGCAACUAUGUGAAUGAAGAAGGGAAGAUUAUAGCUGAUAAAAUAUCGGAGCAUUUAUCUCAAGAUCAAGAACAUGCUGUCACUUUAGGUGUUCCGUUGAAGAUAUUGGCUCAUCCUAAUGAUGCUAUUGGAAAGGUAUAUGGAGCUGAACAUUCUGGUCGUGUGCGUGGUUUGGGUGGUAAUAUUUGCCCCUCGACUGCUUUUGGAAUGCCUAAACAUUCAAUUAGUCAUGCGAAUCUUGGUGGUUCUAGUAAUAUGUCUCAUCUACGUGUUGAAGACCUAGAGAAGCAUGUAGGAACCUUGAAAGAGAAGCUCAUUGGAUAUGAAGAGACCAAAGAAAAACUUGAGGAUACCAAGGAACAACUUGUGGAGACCAAGGAACGGCUUGCGCAAAAUGAGAAUCACUUGGCAACUCUUCAUAGGUUUUUACAAGCUAAAUUUGGUAGUGAGUUGCCUAGUUUCAACUUAGAUUCUUCUUAGCCUUUUGUGCAUAGUAUGUUUUUGAACCACUAAAUAUGUAGUGUACAUAACUUUUUGUAUUUCCAUUACACUAGUAAUUGUGGUGGCUUUUUUGUCUAUUCAACGCUUGAAACUUAUGUUUAAUUUGAGAUAUAUGAUAAGUAGAACAUUGAAACUUU